AUGCCUGAAACUUCAAUCCCACCACCUGUCGCGGCGCGUCCGAGUAAACCAGUUUCCGAAGCUCUUCUCAAUGAAAAAUGGGACCGCUGUCUUUCCUCCCUCCUAAUCCGCUCAUCACUCGGUCUCUCCUUCGGUGUCGUCUUCUCCGUCUUACUAUUUAAACGAAGAGCAUGGCCUGCGUUUGUCGGAUUGGGUUUCGGAGCUGGAAGAGCUUAUGAGGAGUGUAAUGGCAGCUUCUUGAGGACGAAUCGGGACGGAGUUAGAGUUACAAGACCUUAG